AUGGUGCUGCGUCUGACGGAAAUGGAACCAGAAAAGCGCUUGCGGAGGAGCAACUCCAUUUGUUCUUGCAACUCUCCUCGUCCUCCCUUUCUCUCUCCACAUUCCAAUUUCAACUGGUACGAAGAGGACAUAUGGUCAGAGAUUGCCAAGUUUCUGGAUGGGAAAUCUUUGGUGAUGCUGGCAGCCGCAAACCGAUGGUUCCGCCGAGUUAUUAUGGACGACACAAUCUGGAUGUUUGUGAGCCUGCGUGAUCUUCAGGUUCAACCUUCUCCUUCACGAGUGGCGUUCAGGUGGAACAAACUAUACACUUCAGCCUUUGAUGGGAGCCACUCUUUUAUGUUCCGCCAGCAGGAGAAACAUAUUGAUUGGAUGCGUAUUGGCGCCUUCUCCCUUGACUCUUCAAUGGCCCUCCUAGCUGAGAGACUAACCUUUCCGAGGAAGAUCAGAAAACAAGAAACGAUGGAAAAUAUGUUGCAGUCUCACGGUUGUUGCAUGUUAGACAAUGUUAAAAGUGGGAUCUGGAUUGCUGACCUGCAGCUUGUACGAUGCCCGGUUUGUGAUCUCAACACAUGCGACGGAACAAUGCAGACUUUAGAUGCAAGGCAUAUAGAGCUUUUCCUCUGUGACGGCUACCAAAAUGGGAGCUGGGAAUACCAGCUAAUAGGAUCACAUGAUAUCAAAAAGCGAGCAGAUGGUGCAGCUGGGGCCAUUUUUGAUCUCACACACUUGAAGGAUUCUUCAACUUCUGUGGUAUUUGAUUACGCGUCAUGGAUAGGCAGACACAAUGACUGGCAACCAAAGGCCAAGAUUGCUCCCCAUGCGGUUGCUGUUAACACGAAUUUACAAGAUAAUGAAGGUCUUCAUGUGAAAUACCAUGCUAUGAAGGCUGGAGGUGACGGGCCAGUAGUUGCCAUUAGAAUCUCUCAGCAGCUCCUUUGA